AUGAGUCGCUUUUAUGAGACCUCUGUUCACUUUGGCGAUGUAACAUUCUGGUCACAGCCUGCAGAGCAAAAGCAGCAGCGAGCGCUCGUUAUACGAGCUAUCAAGUUGGCGACCCUUUUCCAGACCCUUGCUGAGGCGCCAGAUACUCCACAGCCAGGCAGCAAUAACUUCUUCUGCAUUCAGCUAGAUCAGUUACAUAUCUGCUGCGCAAAAAUUCUCUUGGAAAGGAUGGAUAAUUGCCACCUUCUCGAUUCUAUGAGGCUCGUCUUCCCAGAAUUCCCGACACUAAAUGAGCUAAGGCAACAACUCAACGCCCUCAUCACCCUUAUUCGCCCAUACGCCGCUAGCAUACCAUUGAAGAAACUAAACUUUGGCUUUGCCCAUGAUGCCUGCAUUGUCGGUCCAUUAUACUACAUUGCAGUUUGCUGUGGGGAUUCAUCUGUGAAGAAUAAGGCAAGCGACCUACUUUAUGAGGUGAACAAGUUUUGUGGUGGCUUCUGGGAUGACACUGCGAUUCAAAAAGUGGCCGGCAUUGCUAUGGAGGCCUCCUAA